GGCUUUAUCAGGGAUUUCUCCAGCACUAACAAAUAAAAGUAAAAAAUUACUCGCGGCGACGCUAAACCUGCGUGAAACUAAACAAUAUAAUUGCUAAAUUAAAACAGCUAAAAGCUGACUGAAAACUCUGUGCAUUGGAACAACUAAUUGGUCAGCUGAAAGCGAUAAAACAUCACAGAUAUCGAACACACAAAAGCUGGAAAAAACAAAACAAACAUGCAGCAAUCAAACCCGGCACAAACAACUGCCAAUUCUGGCGGAGAUUCGCUGAUGCCGCUGAGAGCCUGCAACACAGCCGGCUGCAAGGUGGCCACCGUGGUGGACAAGACCAAGAGGAAGUGCUGUCAGUUUGUGUCCAACCCGUAUAUACUGCCCAAGCUGGUUGUCAAUGGUCACACAUCGAUCUUUCAAGUCGGCGGCAAGAUGGCAAAAAUGUGCGACAUUCCUUCCAUUUCGAAGGCCACCUGUGGCGAUGGGGGCCAGCCCAUCUAUCGCAUUAAGCCGGGCACCCAUGCCCACGUCAUCAACUAUGUGCUCAUCGAUGAUUCCGAUUCGCUGGAGAAGUCGCGUUCCGGCGACCAGGAAGCAAUGCGUCUGCUGCUCGACUCGCAACGUGACAGUGCCGUAUCCAAGCUGCAUAAACUGAUAGCCAACCAUCGAGGCACUGCUGCAAUCAAUAAUCCAGCUCCAACGCCUGCUGUAGUACGUCCCAGUGUGGCUCCAGUUGCCAACCCAGCCAGCGAACAUGUUAGAACACCCCAGAUUCAUCCGGACUUCUCUAUUGCCAGCGUGGAGGGUUCGGUGCCCUUCAGGCCAGCCAUUGUCCCAGCAGCAACUCCGCCAGUUGCAGCUCCCGCUGCACCCGGCCAUGUGGAUCGUCUGCAGGCCGAGCUUGUGGAGCUGCGACGCAAGGUGGCUCGACUGGAGGAAAAGCCACGCCGCUAAACCUUUGACUUAAUUACUUUACAAAACCAAAUACGCUUGAGCUUAAGCGGUAGCGCCCUAGAUUUAAAUAGUUAAACUAAGCUGACGCAUUGUUACAACAAAUAAAUAAUAAAUUAUGUAAUUCGUAAUGGUCGUUAAUGUA